AUGGAGAAUAUUGGUAGCUGCGGGGACGAUGCCUUUGGCCCCCAAGUGAAAGAUUGCCGAGGUGGUUUUGAUUUCACGCUAUUCUUCGAAGAAUGUUUCUUCUCGAUUGUGCCUUCCGCGCUUCUGUUGCUAGCGCUCCCUCUUCGUUACAAUCAACUACGGCAGUCACGAAUUCCCAAAGUGGCACGAAGCUGGCUCUACUGGGCAAAAUUAAUAUUCGGGCAGGCCUUUGGGAUCAUUCAGCUCUCUCUCUUAGUUGUAUGGUUUCUCCCUCAUGCUCCACGAACAAGGGCCUCCUUGGCCGCCGCGGCCUUGGCUUUCCUUUCUUCAGUCGGCCUUCUCUUCCUGUCACAUUGGGAACACGUUUUUUCUGUAUAUCCCUCUAACAUCCUCAACAUCGCCUUAUCAGUGUCACUCCUCUUUGAUGUUGUCCGUGUUAGAAGCCUAUGGCUCGCAUCUAAUACCGCCAUAGCGGGACUCUAUACAGCAAGCAUCAUAUUGAAGAUGAUCUGGUUCUACCUUGAAUCACAGUCGAAACGGACAUAUUUUCUCAACCAGAGAGAACAGUACGGAGAUGAGGAGGUGAAUGGCCUUUAUAGCCGCACCUUCUUUUGCGCUUUAGCCUACUCAACUAUUUGGACGUUCAAAUCCUCCGUUAUAUGGGCAUUCAUGGCUCGACUAGCAGUUAUCGGGCUCACCUAUUGCCAGCCAUUCCUCAUUACUGCUUUAACCGACUAUGUUCAGGAUGCCAUUCCGAACAAGAACGAUGGUUACGGUUUGAUAGGCGGGUUUGCGUUGGUAUUCUUCCUCAAGGGGGCCUUCAGCUGUCUUUACCAACAUCAUAACUUCCGGCUUACGACAAAAAUUAGAGGAGCAUUUGUGUCUUUGAUCUUUGAGAAGACCCUGACACUGGCAUUUGAUGAAAAUAGCGACGCAGCUGCUCUAACUCUGAUGAGCAAUGAUAUAGAUAAUAUCGCAUUUGGAGUUCAGAAUAUGCACGAGAUUUGGGCAAGUCCCAUUGAAACAGGUAUUGCGUUAUUCUUGUUGCAGCGGCAGGUUUCCUGGGCGGCAGCAGUCCCGGCUUUUGUCUCCGUCGCAACUUUUGUUUCCACGCACUUUCUGUCAAAGUCAACACCCAGCCGACAAAAUGCAAGCAUCAAAUUGCUCGGUAUCCAGGAUAGCCUCUCCUCGAAAUUGCAACAGUUCCGAAUCAAUGAGCUCAGCCGACAGAAAAAGUUUCGUCACAUGAUGGUCAAGAUGAAUUUACUUGCCGGUGCUAUUACAAACUUGUGUCCAGUGCUUACGCUGGUCAUCUAUACUGGCAUUGCACUUCACACUGGCAGCAGCCCCUUGACCGCAUCUUCGGCUUUCACCACACUCUCCAUAAUCUCUCUGUUAAGCAGUCCGUUAUCGAACCUGAUUUAUUCGGGGCCAAAAGUGACGGGUGCUUUGGAAUGUAUUCAAAGGAUUCAAGAGUAUCUUAUAGCUGAGUCGAAACUUGAUGAUCGCAUCAUACCACACCCGCAGCAUUCGAUGGCGGCUAGCCAGGUCGACGAAUCCGAACUUGACAUUUCCCUGGAACUUCAAGCAAUGAACGUCUCGGCACCAGGUACUGAGAUUGCCGAUCUCGUCCAUACCUAUCAGGCUGCCUUUGGGUGGCAACGCCAAGAGGAACCCAUAUUAUCAGAUGUGAAUAUUAAAAUACCUCCAUCUUCAUUGACUAUACUGGUGGGGCAUGUUGGUUCGGGAAAAAGCACCCUCCUGAAAGCAAUCUUGGGCGAGGUACCUUGUCUAAAGGGGUUCAUUCACGUGAACGUCACCGAAAUUUCAUUUUGCGAUACAAAAACAUGGAUUCGCAACCGGUCUAUCCGUGACAACAUUUGUCACCCACUUCCUUAUGAUGAGCAAUGGUACCGCACUAUCAUAUCCUCGACCGCGCUGGAUCGCGACAUCGAUGCUCUGCCUCAAAAAGACCACACAGUCAUUGGAAGUAAUGGCCUUUCAAUGAGCGGUGGGCAACGACAGCGGAUUGCCAUUGCCCGUGCGGCUUAUGCUCGAACGAAGUUGGCCAUCUUCGAUGAUUCUCUUAGUGCUCUCGAUACCACCACUUCUGCUUUGGUCUUCACUCAUGUUUUUGGGUCGCAGGGCAUACUACGUCAAAAUGGAACUGCUGUUAUCUUGGCCACACAUGACUGGAACUUACUUACCGAUGCCGAUAAUGUGAUCAUAUUUGGUGACGGAAAGAUCCGUGAGCAGGGACCACCUAGAGAGCUCAAGAAAUUCAAAGCUCGCGAACUGGAGGUCUCAACAGAGACUUCAAUCUCUUAUCAAGACCUUUCGCAGGGUGUUCAGGUAGAUGUACCUUUCACAAACAUAACAGGUAUUAACAACAAGUCCGUGAGGAAGCAAGGGGACUUGCGCGACUAUGCCUACUAUUUCAAGGCAUCUGGUGGGUGGUCAAUGAUCCUCUACGCAGGGGCUCUAACAAUUGGCGUGUUCUGUACCCAGUUCACAAAUCUGUGGGUCCAGUGGUGGGCGGAGGAAAAUUUAAGGACACCAUUUGGAAAGUUGUCACAAUAUAUCAGUGUCUAUGCUACACUGGCCACAGCUGGAGCUGGCAUUUGGGCUUUUUGCAUGUGGCUAGUCUUCUGCCGCAUCGUUCCCAGGUCCUCAGGCAAGAUACAUGAGUACUUAGUGAACAAGGUAAAAAAGGCACCACUGCAUUGGCUCACGUCAACUGAUUCCGGGGUCAUCCUCAAUCGCUUCAGCCAAGACAUGACUCUGAUUGAUCGAUCACUUCCAGCUGAAUUUCUGAAAACAUCCAGCAACUUCGUUCAGUGUUUGAUUAGUGCAACAUUCAUCUGUGUUGGAGCAAAAUUUAUGGCUCCUCUGAUUUUCCUUACAGUGUUUGCCAUCUACUGGAUCCAAAGAUUCUACCUUCGCACAUCACGGCAGCUCCGCUACCUGGAUUUGGAAAACAAGUCGCCCUUAUUCACCCAGUUCACUGAGACGCUCAAUGGACUUAUCACGAUUCGUGCUUUUGGGUGGCAACACAGUUUCCAGGAGGAGCAUAAACAACUACUUCGGCAAUCCCAAAAACCUUACUAUUUCUUGUUUGUUGUUCAACGAUGGCUGACUCUAGUAUUGGAUCUCCUUGUCGCUGGAAUUGCCGUGAUGCUAGCCGUUUUAUCUGUUUUCACGCCCAAUAUCGGGCCAGUCGGAGUUUCCCUUAUCUCCUUGAUCGCUUUUAACCAGCAGCUUGCUGAGCUCAUCAAUUUCUGGACGCUGAUGGAGACCAGUAUCGGUGCUAUCACCCGAGUUCGGAGCUUUGAGAAAGUGCCCACUGAAGAUCUUCCUUCGGAGGAUCAAUACCCACCCGCUACGUGGCCACUGGAGGGCUCUAUAAUAUUCCAAGAUACGAGUAUGGCAUAUGAGCUGACGGCACGUCCUAUUCUUCGAAACGUCACUUUGAACAUUCCUGCAGGAUCCAAGCUUGGAAUUUGCGGACGCACAGGAAGUGGCAAAAGCUCUCUUAUCUUCGCUCUUCUUCGCAUGAUUGAGAUACAGAGUGGGAAUAUCAUCAUUGAUGGAAUUAGUCUACAGUCUUGCCCUCGCGAUAUGGUUCGCAGCAAAAUAACUGUCAUACCCCAGGAGCCUGUUUUGUUUCCAGGUACUAUAAGGGGAAACAUUGGAGCAUUCAAGUCCCUUGACGACUUUAGGGCCCUGCGGGCCCUGGAGAGGAUGAAGCUAAAAGAGCAUGUGAUGAUAAAUGGUGGCCUAGACGCGAAGAUGGACGAUCUUCCACUGUCUGCAGGCCAGCGACAGCUCAUUUGUCUAGCACGGGCCAUUGCCAUGAAACAGAAAAUCUUGCUCCUGGACGAGGUGACAAGCCGUGUGGACGAUACGACGGACCGGCUAAUGCAACAAGUCAUUCGACAGGACUUUUCGGGGUGUACCAUUGUUGCAGUUGCACACCAAGCUCAUACCCUCUUGGACUUUGAUCAGAUUGCUGUUAUUGACGACGGUAAAGUCGUUGAGUAUGACACUCCGGCUGCGCUACUUGGCACCGCUGGGUCUCUUUUUUCGCGACUUUGUGACCAGAGAAGAUUUGUUCAAUGA